AUGCCUUACGGUGCCCACUACCAGCUGCUUGCUGUAUGGUCUUCUCCCUCAGAACCCCAAAAGAUUGGACAAGACGGGAUGGAUGGGUUGGAGAGGGAGGAGGAGCGACAGGGUUUUCCGUAUGGCUGGCGAGAGGCCAGGCCACCGCCAGAGGCUACGCAGUAA